GAGGGCGGGGCUGGGAUUUGGAUGCGCCCCGCUGACCCACGCCUGCCACCCCCCACGCGCAGGGGAGCCCCAGCAGCUCCGGGUCCGCUUCCUCCGUGCCGAAGGAUACCCUGUAGACCUGUACUACCUUAUGGACCUGAGCUACUCCAUGAAGGACGACCUGGAGCGCGUGCGCCAGCUCGGGCACGCCUUGCUGGAGAAGCUGCAGAAGGUCACCCGUUCUGUGCGCAUCGGCUUUGGCUCCUUUGUGGACAAAACGGUGCUGCCCUUCGUGAGCACAGUGCCCUCCAAACUUCGCCACCCCUGCCCUAGCCGGCUGGAGCGCUGCCAGCCGCCCUUCAGCUUCCACCAUGUGCUGUCCCUGACGGGGGAUGCUGAAGCCUUCCAGCGGGAGGUGGGACGCCAGAGCGUGUCUGGCAACCUGGACUCGCCUGAAGGCGGCUUUGAUGCCAUUCUGCAGGCUGCGCUCUGCCAGGAGCAGAUUGGAUGGAGAAAUGUGACCCGGCUGCUGGUGUUCACUUCAGAUGACACAUUCCACACAGCUGGGGAUGGGAAAUUGGGUGGCAUUUUCAUGCCCAGCGAUGGGCACUGCCACUUGGACAGCAAUGUUACUCUUUGUAUGUCGUGA